UAAAGAAGUCCACCAUGAAUCUCUCAAACUCCCACCGAAAGAACACGAGGCACGGCGGUGGGCAAGGGAGGAGGCAUGGCCGUGGCAAGGGAGGAGGCAUGGCCGUGGGCAAGGGAGGAGGCAUGGCCGUGGGCAAGGGAGGAGGCACGGCAGUGGGCAAGGGAGGAGGCACGGCAGUGGGCAAGGGAGGAGGCACGGCAGUGGGCAAGGGAGGAGGCACGGCAGUGGGCGAGGAGGAGGUACGGCAGUGGGCAAGGGAAGGCAAGGCACGGCAGUGGGCAAGGGAGGAGGCACGGCAGUGGGCAAGGGAGGAGGCACGGCAGUGGGCAAGGGAGGAGGCACGGCAGUGGGCAAGGGAGGAGGCACGGCAGUGGGCAAGGGAGGAGGCACGGCCGUGGGCAAGGGAGGAGGCACGGCAGUGGGCAAGGGAGGAGGCACGGCAGUGGGCAAGGGAGGAAAGGCACGGCAGUGGGCAAGGGAGGAGGCCACGGCAGUGGGCAAGGGAGGAGGCACGGCAGUGGGCAAGGGAGGAGGCACCGGCAGUGGGCAAGGGAGGAGGCACGGCAGUGGGCAAGGGAGGAGGCACGGCAGUGGGCAAGGGAGGAGGCAUGGCCGUGGGCAAGGGAGGAGGCACGGCAGUGGGCAAGGGGAGGCAGGCAGUGGGCAAGGGAGGAGGCACGGCAGUGGGCAAGGGAGGAGGCACGGCAGUGGGCAAGGGAGGAGGCACGGCAGUGGGCAAGGGAGGAGGCACGGCAGUGGGCAAGGGAGGAGGCACGGCAGUGGGCAAGGGAGGAGGCACGGCAGUGGGCAAGGGAGGAGGCAUGGCAGUGGGCAAGGGAGGAGGCAUGGCCGUGGGCAAGGGAGGAGGCACGGCAGUGGGCAAGGGAGGAGGCACGGCAGUGGGCAAGGGAGGAGGCACGGCAGUGGGCAAGGGAGGAGGCAUGGCAGUGGGCAAGGGAGGAGGCACGGCAGUGGGCAAGGGAGGAGGCACGGCAGUGGGCGAGGGAGGAGGCACGGCAGUGGGCAAGGGAGGAGGCACGGCAGUGGGCAAGGGAGGAGGCACGGCAGUGGGCGAGGGAGGAGGCACGGCAGUGGGCGAGGGAGGAGGCACGGCAGUGGGCAAGGGAGGAGGCACGGCAGUGGGCAAGGGAGGAGGCAUGGCCGUGGGCAAGGAGGAGGCACGUGGCAAGGGAGGAGGCACGGCAGUGGGCAAGGAGGCACGGCAGUGGGCAAGGGAGGAGGCACGGCAGUGGGCAAGGGAGGAGGCACGGCAGUGGGCAAGGGAGGAGGCACGGCGUGGGCAAGGGAGGAGGCACGGCAGUGGGCAAGGGAGGAGGCACGGCAGUGGGCAAGGGAGGAGGCACGGCAGUGGGCAAGGGAGAAGGCACGGCAGUGGGCAAGGGAGGAGGCACGGCAGUGGGCAAGGGAGGAGGCACGGCAGUGGGCGAGGGAGGAGGCACGGCAGUGGGCAAGGGAGGAGGCACGGCAGUGGGCAAGGGAGGAGGCACGGCAGUGGGCAAGGGAGGAGGCAUGGCGGUGGGCAAGGGAGGAGGCAUGGCGGUGGGCAAGGGAGGAGGCAUGGCGGUGGGCAAGGGAGGAGGCAUGGCCGUGGGCAAGGGAGGAGGCACGGCAGUGGGCAAGGGAGGAGGCACGGCAGUGGGCAAGGGAGGAGGCACGGCAGUGGGCAAGGGAGGAGGCACGGCAGUGGGCAAGGGAGGAGGCACGGCAGUGGGCAAGGGAGGAGGCACGGCAGUGGGCAAGGGAGAAGGCACGGCAGUGGGCAAGGGAGGAGGCACGGCAGUGGGCAAGGGAGGAGGCACGGCAGUGGGCGAGGGAGGAGGCACGGCAGUGGGCAAGGGAGGAGGCACGGCAGUGGGCAAGGGAGGAGUAUCGUACAGCAGCAGCAACCUAGGGCGGAGCCUAUAAAGCAGCCUGGAGAGGAGCCUAGAGUAGUAUCCUAGAUAGGAGCCUAGAGCAGAGCCUAGAGCAGCAGCCUAAAAUUGCAGCAGCCAUCAAAGGCCACUGGAAUCAUGAUUGGUGUCAGUGGUGAAAUCAAAGGGCAUACUUUGGCCCUGGAGCAGAUUGGGGAGGAGGAAGGCUAGACUACGAGGGCUGAGACUGAGUGCAUAUUAAUGUUGCAUUUAAACUUGUCAUUGUAAUAUUAAGCUGUCAUUGAACCUGAGUGUAGC